GUCAGUCUUCUCUCUGUAGCUCAAUGCUUCUCCGUGGUUUCUCUGAGCUAAAAUAAGCAAAUCCUCCAAGAAGGUAUUCAAAAUGAGGCAUUUGCGAUUCAUUUGCUCUCAUUUGUCUCGUAUCAACAGAACCCAUCAUCAAAGUUCUCGCCUUUUGCGCUCUUUCCAAUUGGUGAAUGAGUUUGAUCCUAGUCUUACCCGAGCAUACUCCACUGCGCAAGAACCCAGACAAGCCGCCUCUGAGAAAGUCACCACAAUCGUCGAUGAACUCACCGGGUUGACUCUUCUUGAGGUCAUGGACCUAACGGAAGUGCUACGGAAGAAGAUGGAUAUCAACGAGAUGCCGACUAUGGCUGUGAUGAUGCCGGGGAUGGGAUUUGGUGGGGCUAUGAAGGGUGCCGGGAAAGGCGGGGCUGGUGGGCCUGGGAAGGGGGAGGAAAAGAAGGAGGAGAAGAUGGUAUUUGACGUGAAGCUUGAGGGAUUUGAUGCGGCGGCGAAGAUAAAGGUUAUAAAGGAAGUGAGGGCAUUUACGGAUUUGGGGUUGAAGGAGGCUAAAGAUUUGGUGGAGAAGGCGCCCACGUUGUUGAAGAAAGGGGUCACCAAGGAUGAGGCUGAGAAGAUUAUAGCAAAGAUGAAGGAAGUGGGAGCUAAAGUCACAAUGGAAUAAGACUCUCUAUUGAUGAAGAUGACGAGGAGCAAGAAGUGCAAGGUUUUAUGGUGUCACCGUCUAAAAAUGCAGCGUAGCUACAAUUAAUGUUCCGUGCCGGGACAAUUCGAAAUUGACAAAGAUCAUUUUAAAGAUUCUUCAUAAAGCAGAACAUUCUUUUUGGUGAAAACUGGUAUUGUAGCAUGUUUGGGCCUUUAUCACGUCAUUUUCUUGAGCAAUUUUGCCUUUCUAUGUCUUGAUAACAUAUCUUGUAGUUGUAGAACUGAAUUCUGAAUCUCUGAUGAUAGGGAUCAUUUUUGUAAAGAACCCAUAAACAAAAUAAACAUAAACCUAGUGG